AAAAAAAAAAUAGCAGCACCACAAUUUCGCAUAUGGUCUCCCACUACACUACUCAGUGUGGCCCUAUGCAGCUUAACUAACGUUGAUCGGACGGGAAACAGUGACUGCAUGGUAUGGCCGCAACCGAAAUGGCUUUAUGAUAAAAAUAUAUAUAGUUUAAUGAUAAUAUUAUAUCCGUUUUGCCGAAAGGAAAUUGCAUAA